GUAGGACAGUUCAUUGCACCAGCUUCUCUUUGCUUUAACAUAUUUAACGGGCUCCCUUCACGCUGCAGAAGUUGAUUUCACAUGGUACCUGCAGCUCUCCCCGAAUGUUAUCUUCCCUACUGUCAGCCACUUGACAGGCAAAUAAAUCCAAAAAGAUUUGCCUUCAAUCCACUUCUUUCCCCUCCCAGCUGUUUGGCUCUAGGGAGGUACAGAUAGCAUCAGGGAAAAAAAACUGUUCCCAACUGACGUGGAUGUGAUAGACAGACACAGGUGGACGCCGCUUGUCAGGAACUAAGGGUGGCUUCAGCAUCUGGCCUGCUGCCACUGAAAUUGACUGUUCAGUUCUGCAGACACACACACCCUACGCGCACCACUAACUUCAGGGAGCUCACGCUGCCAGACCUUGCUCUGGGGAUUUGACUUUCGACUGCUUCAGCACCCAGCAAAGAGGAAUCUCUCUCUAAAGGACAAAUCGGCAGGAUAAUGGAAAAUAUUUAACAUCAUUCCUUCAAGGCUCUGGGAAGACCCAUCACCUCGUGUUUGUCAGGGAGCCAGCCGUUCCAGGUUUUGAGUCAUAUAACCAACAAGGACAUCAGAUUUUAUAGAGCUACCCACGUUUGUGUUUGUCUUCCUUCUCUUUCACUGUAGAAGAAAGAAUACCUGUCAGAAGCUGAAAAGGCUUCAUAAGCUGGCAAUGAGAUUGGUUUCUCUUCAAAAUAAUAAUAAUUCAGUGCAAAGAAGCAGAGGAGACGGAACCUGAAGCCUUUUCACUUGGAAGAUUUUUAUUGGUACCUGUGAGGAAAAUUGGAUGUAUCUGGACAUUUUCCUAACCCUGCCUGAGAGAUGCCAGCCAAAACACCAAUUUACCUGAAAACAACCAACAACAAGAAAGGCAAGAAAUUUAAGCUGAGGGACAUUUUGUCCCCUGACAUGAUCAGCCCUCCUCUUGGAGACUUCCGCCACACCAUUCACAUUGGCAAUGGAGGGGAGCAUGACGUUUUUGGGGACAUUUCAUUUCUCCAAGGGAAGUAUGACCUGUUGCCUGGAAAUCAAGGUCAGGCAAAGCUUAGUGAAUACGGAGGGCACAGUGAAUUCUCAAGGGCAAACAGUACCCCAAAUUCUACUUUCUCUGAGAUGCCCUCACCUGUGCUGAAGAAUGCCAUAUCGCUUCCUAGCAUUGGUGGAUCUCAAGCGCUCAAUCUUCCUCUACUAACUGCUGUAACCUUUGUUUCAAAGCGGGAUUUCUCAGCCCCUCCCAAGCCCCCUCGACUCCACCCAGCCACUGAGCAGCAUAUGCCAGAAAAGGAUGAGCACUGUGGGAAUGGGCACAUUAAUACAGAAGGAGUAGAAGUGAAGAAGUGUCCAAUGAUAUUACAGAAUGGUGAAGCCAGCAUCAAUCACUCGCAUAAGUUUCUUGGACAAUCUAGAGAGUGUAAAAUCAUGGAGGAAGAUUCCACUCAUAGCACUAUACAGUGUGGAAUGACAAGAAUGAACAAUUCAUCGGAGGAUACCCUCCUCAAUCUCACCGGCUCACUGCUCUCCCUUCAGCUGGAUCUCGGACCUUCGAUUUUAGAUGAUGUACUCAACGUUAUGGACAGAAAGCACCAGAUGGAAAUCAAAUAACAAGCGAUUCUCAACAAAAGUCAACAAUGGAGAUCUUGGACCUCUUUCAUAAUACACUUGAACCACAGAACCUGUAUAUGUGCCUACUGAACUUGAGGGUGAAAUGUCAAUGUUUCCCGCCUGCUUCUUAGAAAUGGACUCAGCGUCGUCUGCAGUUGUCAUUUGCUCUGAAGAGCAUGAAGGACUGCUCUUUGGCUGUGAUACAAUUUUCAGUGCUGCAUUUAUGGCAAAAGACUUCUCAACAAUUUUUGCCCACAUGUUUGACAGAGGGGCAGUCAGUUCAUGUUUGUGCAGUGUAACUGGGUCUUGCUGAACCUUUUCAAUGGCUAGUCAGAAUUCUGACACUAGAGCAGAGCACUUUUGUGCAAAUUGACUUGGUAUGUUUGGUGCAUCCGUGGUAUCCAUCCUUCAUUCAGGCAAUUAUUAAAAUUUAAUUUCUUCACAACUGUAAUGGUAGUUUGCAACUAUCUCUGUUUUUGUCAACUAUCGCUUGCUCUUCAAAGAAAUUUGUUUUUGUGAAACAUUGCUUAAACGUACACGUUACUUGAAACAAGUGCAACAUCUGACGCAGAAUAAAGAAAUAAUUAUGGGAUAUCAUGCAGUGUCAGGUGCCACAGGAAUUAUUUUCAAUGAUCCCUUGAAGAUGGUAUUUUCUUCAAGAGACUCUGCCCAGUGACUGCAUGAAGCAUUAUUGUUGAUUUCAUUCCAGAUCAAAAUAAGCAUCUAUGAAUAUAAGCUGAGCAAUCUUUUCUUGCGUACUUUAUUUCUUGCAUAGCUUUUAGCAGCAAAUUUAAUGAAUAUAAAAUUAAGUGGUGAUUUGAAAAUAUAACUCUUCAGUCAACAGUGUCACAGGCAUUUGUAACACACCGUGGUUUAUAGUGAGUAACAGAAAUUGAUGUACUGUUACGCUUCAUACAAGGCUCCCAUUGUAAAAGUCCGCAACAGGAUAGAACAACUGCCAGUUAGGUUACAACUGCUGGAGGUCAUAUCAUUAUCAAUGGUGCACAUGUAUAUAAUAAAUAA